CUGCUUAUGUGGAGCACAUCAGAAUUGCACACAAGCAGGAUAAAUCUGCGACAACACUGAAAGUGAUGCCAAAGAUUACUGCGUCUCAUGUGAACCCAAACAACUUUGAGAAGAUGAAGGUCAACCUUGCAUUUCAUCUAUUCAGCGGGGAAGUCCUUCGUGGCCUUUUCUUCUACAAGAAUGAGAUAACCAGCAGCUGGAGUGAUCCUGCACCAACACAAGCGUUCAUACUCUUGAUGGUGAAGCUAAUUCAAGCAAUGACAGCACGGAUCCCAUCGCAAGGACUGAGACCUGGUUCUUCACAAGAGAAAGAUAUCAAGGAUGCUCUGGAGUACCUAAACAAGUGGGAAGCUUUCUGUGAACCUUCCAAGGCUGGAUUCCUGUCUGGAAGCACUGCCGAGGGACUAAGAGUUACUCUGCAGGGUACUCUGGAUCUCCCGAAGUAUGUCAACGAGAAACUUGGUUUUAAAUACUUGCUCACAAGCCGUCUCAGCCAAGAUUGCAUUGAGAGGUUGUUCGGCAUCAUUCGACAAUUUUCAGGAUGCAAUGACAACCCCACGGCAACCCAGUUCUUGAUCACAGUGAACUGUCUAAGCUUCUACGACUUGGUGAAAGCACCAAGCAGUGGCAACUGCGCGGGAGGGUCUCUGACAUCUCUGCUUGGAACUGAGACAAAAGCUGGUUGUGAAGUGGACAAAUUGCUCGAUAAAGGCAGGCUGGAAGAAGCAUCAACAGCCUUGAAAAAAUCAUCACUCGUCCCUGACCAUGUGUGUCCUGAGAAGACAAGCGAUGCUCGACUCAUCUUCUACGUUGCAGGGUAUGUUGCAAGAAAAACAGUACUGAAAACUUCAUGCAACGACUGCUUUGAUGAUCUCCUGGUAUGACCAGAGAAUGCCAACAAAAACCUUGCAACACUCACAAAGUUCUGCGACAAUGACGGGCUUCUUUACCCCUCGGAGAAGCUCUUUUCAUUUGUGGAGGCCCUUGAGGUCACCUUUACCAUGUGGUUCAGUUACAACGAACUGCACCAGGAUAGUGUGGCUGACCUGACUUCUUGUCUGCGGUGGAGUCGCAUCUCAGUUGGCUGUACGCAGCAUUGUGCUGUUCUGACCAAUCAAAUCACAAAAUUCUAUCUUAUUACUCACCUGCACUUCUUCACGAAGUCCCUGAACAAGAAAAAAAGCGUCUUUGCGCGCAAAGAAGAAGUACCUGAAGCUUCGGCAUGUCACAUAGACAUUUCUACUGUGACUCAAGAUAACAUUUCAAAGUGUUUUUUCAUGAUUUCCUUUUGUUUUAUGUUGAGUUCGCACGGCGGUAUUAUUGCUUCAAUAUAGAGUAUGUUUUCAUCCACUUUU